AUGGGGGCCAAUUCAGACCCGGAGAACCCAGACCACCUUUCGCAGGCUCCAGCCCGCACCUGCCGUGCCCUCGACUGGUUCUUGGUGACAGCGAUACUGCUGCUAGCCGGAGUCCUGGCCGCUUACGCUGUUCUAGGGACAAACUCUGCCAGGCUCCCUGCUUCAGAAGGGCUCUCUGCUCCCCGGCCACCCGUUCAGGGCCCCUAUGCCCAGCUGGUGGUGAAAGAUGUCUUGGUGCAGAACCAGACACUGAGCUGGUACAGCCACCCUCAUCUUUCUGGUGUAUUCUUGGACUCACAAAUGACUUAUGACACAGAAAAAGAUGAACUGAAGGUCGGUGUCUCUGGGCUUUACUUUGUCUAUGCCCGCCUGAAGCUUAAUCAGGUGGUAGUUCCUGCCUACAGCCAGGGCACCGUCAAGGUCUCUGUGUCUGUGGGGCAGGACUUUGGACAUCGAGCUGUCUUGACUCUCUCCCUGGAUGUGGGACCUUCCAGCCCUUUCACAGUCACCACGUCUGAGACCUCCCUCCUCUUCCUGUAUCCUGGAGAUCGGCUCAGGCUGAGCAUGAACACCACAGCAGGGGACUUCCAGGAUUGGCAGCUCGUGUCGGAGGCCAGCACCUUUGGUCUUUUCCGAGUGGCCGCAAGGUAGCCCUUAACUGAAUCUGGGACCUAUUUAUCGUGACCAAUGAAUCGAGACUUCUUGUUCUCUUUGGAAGAUGGAGGACUGGGUGGGCAGAAAUGCCCUUGUUUUAUUUAACCUGGGGACCCCCUCUUGUGAUUGAGUCAUGGGGAAUCCCCAGACUAACUGCCGGAAGUUCUCGGCGAACCUGAGUAGAGGGCUAUAGGAGUCAUGCGGAGAAAUUCUGGGUCCUCACCGUCGGGGCGUCUGAGGGUAAAGAGGCAGAGUAGUCCUGGUUUUGAAUCCUGUCUCUGACAUUUACUUGUUUUGUAACACUGUGCCAGUCACUUAAACUCAGUUCCCUCAUCUGUAAAAUGGGGAUAAUCCUUGCACUGCCUACUUCAUAGAGUUGUUGGGAGAGAAGUGAUCUAUAAACUUGAAAGCAUUAGGAAAAUGAAGGGUAUUAUUUAUUUAUUUAUGUGAUCAUUCCUAGGUGAGGGACUGAGGCCAAGGCCUCUUCCCUAUUGGCUUCUAGGGGUGCUAAACUACCUCCUGGGGACCUUCAUGUGAAGUACUUGGAGAUCACCUAUCCUCUCAGUGGCAGAAGAGACUUGGGCAGGAGUUUGCUGGUCCAAGGAGCCCCAGGCCAAUGAGAGGAGGGAGAGUGCCAGGCACUCUCCCAUACCUCUAAUUGUGUAUUUAUUCUGGGCAGGGUCCCUUUAAAUUAUUUUAUUUAUCACCCUCGUGCCCUAGCGAUGUGUAUGAAAUAAGUCAGUGCUCUGUGAGUUUCCUGCAUUGUGUGAUUCUAGUGUGAGCAAUAUGGUACAAUUGAAAGCUUUCAUUUCCUACUUUGUAAAAGAAGAGGUUGGCCUCACACAUCCCUUCUACCAAUGAUCUCUGUUCUUUGGGUCCUCCCAGCUCUGACAUCCUAUGAGUGCCAGAAUCAACCGUGGUCCAGACUGGGAAAGUAGGAAAGACUAGAUAAGUAGAACAAAAUGGAGUUUUAAGAAAUCAUUUACCAAACCACUCAAAUGAGCAAAAUCCUUGAGCUUUGGGGAGAAAGAAACACAAGGUUGGAACUCCUGCUCUACGGAACCUGUUAUAGUACCUCAAUUUAUUAUGUCGUGAGGGCAGCAGGUGAUACAAUGGGUAGAGGGCUGUGUGACCCUGGACAAGUCAUUUUAAUCUCUAUUUCAGAUUCCUCAUCUAUAAAAUGGGGAUAAUAAUUGCACCUACCUCAAAGGGUUGUUGGGAGGAUCAAAUUAGAUAAUAACUGUAAAGCACUUAGCACAAUGCCUUGCACAUAGUAUGUUCUAUAUCACUGUUGGCUUUGAUGAUAAAGAUGAUGAGAUAUUAAAAAAAUGAAGAGACCUCUUGUCUGAAUAAUGUCCUCACGGUGAGGACCUCCUACAGGCAAAACUAGAGGGAUCAGAGGAAGGAGAGAAGUAAUUCGGGAAGACUUCCUAGAGAAGAUCAUAACUGGAAAAUACUUUGAAGUACCUGCAGGAAAGAGGGAUGGAUGAUCCAGAAAGGGGGCUGGAGGGUUGGCAUCCUUGCUGUUCUAAGAACAGUACUCUCCAUCUCUCAACUCUUGGGCAGUGUCUCUCCAUGUCUGGGAUGCUCUCCAUCCUCAUCUCCACCUCCAGGCUUCUCUGGCUUCUUUCAAAAGAAAAUCCUCCCUUCCAUAGGAAAACUUCCCCAAUGUCUCAUAAUUCUAGUGUCUUCCCCCUGUUAAUUAUUUCCUAUUUAUUCUAUUUAUAAUGUGUGUAUAGAUUUGCUUGUUAUCUCCCCAUUAAAUUGUGAGCUCCUUGAGAGUAGAGACUGCCCCUUGCCUCUUUUUGUAUCUAAUGUUUAACCACAGUGCCCGAUUCAUAGUAGGCACUUAAUAAAUGUUUAUUGGAUGUUUA